GUCACUGUCACUAGAGUCAUAUAGAUGACUACACUAGCAAUGCGACAGAGUGUAAAUAAUGGAUGUUUUACAUUUAACAUUUAACUAAAAUUUAUAUUGUAACAUGCGCGCUUUGGUUGUGUCGACAUGGGUCUUUAUAAAUUUAGUCUUUUUUGGCAUGUGUGGCUACAUGUACCUUCUCUGGUCACAAUACUGGAUGUACUUGGAACGUCAGACGGAAAAAACAACAUCCACGUAUGACCAACAGAUUUAUUUCUACAAUAGGGGUUAUUUACCCAAUAGCACCAUCACCGCUUCUGAGCCAAAGAUGAGAAUAAAACAUUCAAUCAUCAAAGAAAACUCUACAAUAACCUUAAUUAAGAAUAGUAAACCUCGUUUUCCGAACCUCCAGGCCAAGGAUUUUGAACUAGACUCGAAGCGAUAUUUCUGCUGGAAGAAUGAUAGCCUCAGCGACUGUGAUAAAAAAACGUCCGAAUUCAAAGAAAAUCUAAUGAAGGAACUGAGGAAAGUAUUCACCGACGAAAGUAAUGUUUUAAGGGUUGGACCAGAAAACCCAUAUAACGUGAAUUAUAAGGGUGUCAGAGGAAAUUUCAUGGACAAAUCGCCGCAAGAAGUUUUGUACAAGUUGAAAGAAACAACGUUGAGGACUUUGAGGAGGAGCGACGUCGGGAAUCAUCCCCUGCGAGACUUUAUUCCGAAACGAGCUCUUUUUGAAAACAAACGAUUCAACAGUUGCGCCAUAGUAGCAAGCGCGGGGGCACUGAAAGAUUCUAAUCUGGGACUGCUAAUAGACUCGCACGACCUGGUGAUGAGGUUCAACAACGCCCCGACUCAAGGCUUCGAAGAUGACGUCGGCAAAAAAACGACCAUCCGUCUUCUGAACUCCCAAGUCGUCACUAAACCCGAGUUCAAUUUUCUCAAAUCCAGUCUCUACAAAAACGUCACCGUGAUUGCGUGGGAUCCCAGCAAUUAUUCCUCUUCGAUAGGCAGUUGGCUGGAAAACCCGGAAUUCAAUCUUUUUCCCAACUAUAUGGCGUUUCGGAAAAACGAUCCCAAGUCCAGAGUUUUUCUCUUGAACCCGCAGUCGAUUUGGGAUUUGUGGGAUUUUCUGCAAGAUAACUCGCCAAGUAGGUUGAGGCGGAAUCCUCCAUCGUCCGGAUUUUUAGGUAAGUGUGUUUGUCCAUUGAAAUACUUCGACUUCGGAUAAAUCGAAUAAUAAACC